AUGUACUGCUUGCGCCAGGCAAGAGCCUUGGCAAUGAAUGAUAUCAUCGUAGUAUUGGAUCAGUUGUUGGUCUGGACAUUAGAGAUUGGUCUCAUGACAAGGCUAUGCGAGAAAGUUUCAAAGGCGAAGGCAGGUUGUUUUCAUCAAAACAGACGUGGGCAAUGGUUAGUUGUUGCUAAUGCUGUGAUGGCAUUUUUGAAUACUCGCAAGGCUCCUCAAGAGAAACAUCAUGAAAGGAGGGAGACUGCUGUUAAUCCGCUUGGAAGUAUACGUGUGGCUAAUCUCAGCAUUACCGGGGCUAAAGCAGAGGUUUUACGGAAGACAUCCCUAUCCCUAGCCUUCGCUAAAGGCCACGGAGAAACCAAUCUUGGCAACAACCUUCUCAGCAAAAGCACAAAGAGACACGUCCUCUGGCAGCUUGAGCUUUCAUAUGUCAUCCGUGGACAGAACCAUGACCUUGACAAUGAUUUGGCUGUCCUUGGGCGCCCACUUGGAGGUUCUGGUAACCUCGUAGGUGGGGGGACUUUCGUCACCAAAUUCUAUAUUGGCGCUGGUGACUGGAAGGUUGGUGAUAUAUCUGAGGAAAUGUGCUGUGGAGUUGAUGAGAAUUGCCCCUGCGCAACGAUGGCUACGUUUGAAAAUGUCAUCCUGCAUGCGGGCCGUCUCUUGAAUUACCUCUUCCGCUCUUUCUUGGAUGGAGUCCAAGAUAGGACAGGGAGAGGGGUGCGGACGGAAUGUGCUGAUUUCCAUGUAGCAGAGAAUGUUGAGGGGACGUUGACAAGGAGUGUGAUGAGUAACAGGGAUGUCCAGGAAAUCCCCAGGAUGGGAUGUAGUCCCAACUAUGGCGCUUGUAAAGUUAUAGGUGGCAACAUCAGCGGUGUCAUUGGGGUGAUCCCCAGAUACCUCAAUGACAGCAAUAUCGGGAAUAUUUGGAUUAUUAUUUAUGGGGAUAUUAUCAGUCGAGCUGGUACUAUACACAGAUACAUCAUCAGGCUCCUUGCUUUCAAGGACAAUGGAUAG